UUUUAAUAUUGUUACUGUAUAUGAACUGCCAAUGUUACUAUGCUAAUGUUUUAAUUAAUAUAUAAAUAGCAAUCAUAAUAUUUCAUUAUAAUAUUAUUCAUAAUAUUAUCUAAUUUUCUUAUAUUAUUUCCUAUUUGUUUGGUUCCUGCUGAAUUGGCGGCAUUAUGAUCGAGAAUGGUAAAAAGACGAGUGAAACUUAGUUUUUAACAAAUAUGAAACGUUUAUCAGAAGAAAGAACAAAACUUGUGUUCGAAAAAUUAAAAAAAUAUAUCGGAGAAAAUAUAAAAAAUUUGAUAGACCGACCAGAUGGCACAUAUUGUUUUCGUGAAAAGAAGGAUAGAAUAUAUUAUGUGUCAGAAAAGAUUUUAUCAUUAGCACAUACAGUUAGUCCAGAUAAUUUAGUUAGUCUAGGUACAUGCCUGGGAAAGUUUACUAAAUCAGGAAAAUUUAAAUUGCAUAUUACUGCUUUGAAUUACCUUGCACCAUAUGCUCAACAUAAGCUCUGGGUAAAGUCCUCUGCAGAACAACAAUUUUUAUAUGGACAUCAUGUCUUAAAAUCUGGUUUAGGACGUAUAACAGAGAAUACAGGACAAUACCAAGGUGUAGUUGUUUUUUCUAUGAAUGAUAUACCUCUGGGAUUUGGUGUAAUGGCUAAAAGCACAUUGGAAUGUAAAAAUGCUGAUCCUAUGGCAACAAUUUGUUUCCAUCAAGCAGAUAUUGGGGAAUAUAUUAGAUCUGAGGAUACAUUACUAUAAUUUCUAAAUGUCUAAAUAAUUUCCUUGUAUAUAAAUAUUAAGAAGUUACAUUUAUAUAUAUGUACAUUUGUAUUUUAUAUAAAAAUGAGUAAGUAAAUACAUAUAUUCUUAUUAUUACUUUCAUCAAUAUGAAAGUUUUACAAAAUUGAACGAUAUCAUAUAAUAUAAAAAAUGUAUUAUAUUAAUAAUUAUUAGAUCAAAACAAUUGACAGUAUAGUUACACCUGUCAAAAUUUUGUGUAAUUAUCAUUUUAUUCCAGUUUUGUAUAAUUAUUAAUUUUUAAGUUCAAAAAUAACAAAGCAUUAAUUUCAUUAUGUUAUAAUUUCUAAGACUGCAUUGUGAAUAACAUUAGUCAUGACUAAUGACAAUUGUAUAAAUACAAAAGAUGAACAAUUAUUUGCAUUAGAAGUUUUUGUAAAAGAUGUGACUCUUUAUGUAGAUAAAUCACAAAAAAAAGAAUUAACUCCUGA